AUGGAAGCUGUAUGUAAAACUGUCAAGUGUGAGUUUUGUGCGGCAGAAGUGGCAUUCGUAGGACGUGUGAUCACGCGAGACACUAUAACCAUAGAUCCUUCAAAGAUCAAGGCAGUAGUACAAUGGAAACAACCCAUGACAGUUACGGAGGUUCGUAGUUUUUUGGGGUUGGCAGGAUACUAUUGGCGGUUUGUUAAAGGCUUUUCGCAGAUAGCUUUACCUUUGACUCAUCUUACACGGAAGGAAGUUCCUUUUGAAUGGGCAGAAAAGUGUGAAAAAAGUUUUGAAACUUUAAAGGAAAAGUUGAUGACGGCGCCAGUUUUGGUGUUACCAGACCCACGGGAACCUUUUGAGAUGUACUAUGAUGCUUAUUUUAAGGGAUAUUCUAGUGGCUGGGGAUGA